UUGUUUGUCCGACAUCACCAAUAGCACACCCAAAGUCCAUACGACAUUUUUCUUCCAAUCUCAUAGAAAUUUUUUUUUCACCAAUCAAUCAGUUUGGGGUAUCUAUAAACAGCACAUUUAAGUAGUGUAUUAUAGUCCAAAUGUUUAAAUCAUUACUUCAACCUAUAAGGUUGAGUCCUGUGAUGUCAUCAGUAUUGGCCAUUAAACCAGUAACUUCAUAUAUGCAAUCUAUUCGUUCAAAUAUACCCGCAACUACACAAUUAGCUAAUAAUCUUAUGAAUCAACAAAAGAGAUAUGCUACAUUAAAUCAAAUUAAAUUUGGUAAACAAGGUAAACCAAUUAAGCCAUAUCAAAGUAAAUCACCACAUUUAGAUAAUAAUCCAUUUAAAAAGGGAGUAGUAUUAAGAGUUAUGAUUCUUAAACCAAAGAAACCUAAUUCAGCUUUAAGAAAAUGUUGUAGAGUUAGAUUAACAAAUGGAAAUGUUAUAUCAGCAUUAAUUCCUGGUGAAGGACAUAAUUUACAAGAACAUCAUCUUGUAUUAGUUAGAGGUGGAAGAGUUCAAGAUGUUCCUGGUGUUAAAUAUCAUUUAGUUAGAGGAGCAUUUGAUCUUGCUGGUGUUAAUAAUAGAACCACUUCAAGAUCUAAAUAUGGUGUUAAAAAGCCUAAACAAACAUAAACAUAGUCAUGCAUCUAGUUUCAUGUAUAUAGUAAUAAUAAUA